CACAAGUGACGGAUUAAAUUGAAAACUGGGACAAAGUGCAGUGCACUCUGGCAUUGCGUUUUACUAACCAGGUGUUUCUAUGCCGUAAUCAUAUAUAUAUAUACAUAUACACAUAUAUAGUAUUGGAUAAAUAAAUACAGUGGAAAAUCUAGUCACAUGGAUUGACAAUAAUAGACCAAGAAAGAAUUUAAUAGAUGAAGAGUAUUUUUGAAGUAUAUAAUGUCAGAUGGUAUUGAUGGGAAUAAUGGGGAAAAUGAGGUGGAUUCUCACUCAUCCUCGGUUAUAAAUAAUGAUAAUGGUGAAGUUGGAUCCAAUAGAGAUGACGAGCAGGACGGGGAUAAUGAAGCACAACUCAAUACUAAUUAUGACAGCAGUGAUGGAGCUGUACCUGUUUUUAGGUGUGAUAGAUGUGAUAAUUACGAAACAUUGAACAAAGCAGCGUUUUCAGUCCAUCAAGAGCAAUGUUUAGCUGGCGGAGAAGGUGUAGAAAGUGUCGAAAGUAUUGAAGUUAAUGAGCAUGAUGCUGAUAAUGAUGAGAGUGGACACUCAAGUGGACACAGAUCUCAUAGAAAAAUGUUUGAAUGCGAUGUAUGUAACAUGAAAUUUUCAAAUGGCGCUAAUAUGCGUCGACAUAAGAUGCGUCACACUGGAGUAAAACCUUAUGAAUGUAGAGUUUGUCAAAAGCGAUUUUUUCGCAAAGACCACUUAGCUGAACAUUUUACAACACAUUCUAAAACAUUGCCUUACCAUUGUCCAAUUUGCAACCGCGGGUUUCAGCGACAAAUUGCUAUGCGCGCUCAUUUUCAGAAUGAACAUGUUGGUCAACAUGAUAUGGUUAAAUCAUGUCCGCUUUGUAAUUAUCGCGCUGCUACUAUGAAAUGCUUGAGGUUACAUUUUUUUAAUAGACAUGGAAUAGAUUUAGAUAAUCCAGGACCAAAUAGUUCAAGUUCAUUAUUAAAUAGUUGUUCACCAAAUGAAGCAAUGCCAUCUGCGCCAUUAUCAGACAGUGGAGACAGUACUGGAAAUCGUUCGGUGGAUAACGCAACCCCGCCGAUGCAUUUCUUAACACCCCACGUGGAGAUUUCAAUUCCUUACCCGGAGCAGACAAUGACCGGUCAAAGAAAUUCGAGUCCUGCUCCGCUGAACGGCGACUCUCCCAACAGCCCUCAGAGUGCUGACAGCAACAGCAAUGCACCGAGCAGCAGUCAUCAUCAGUUACCAAUGCACCGGAGCAUGGUAGAGGACUCAAUUACACCCUCAAUUUCUCUGAUCCCAAUAAAACAAGAACCAAAUAGCAACGGGAUGGAUGAAAGUGGAGCAACCUCCAGCAAUCUUCCACUUCCCUCUUUGAUUAAAGUAUCUCCGUUAAAGUCAUUGCUGAGGGACGAUUUGAGACGUAAGUUAUCAAACACUUCUAACAAUCUUAUUAUCAACGCCACCAACAGCACCAACAAUAACAACAACAAUAAUAAUAAUAAUAGUAAUAAUAAUAAUAAUAGCAGCAGCAGUAGCGUUAACACGAGUGAGAAUAUAUUGAAUAUAAGUAACAUAAAUAAUUUAUCGCAUCUGCGGGAGCCACCGAGUUCAACGAGGCCGGAUCCUCGUUCAAGUGGCCUCCAAUGCACUUACUGUCGGAUUACCUUUCCCGAUCAGACCUUGUAUUUUUUACACAAAGGCUGCCACAGUGACAGCAACCCCUGGAAGUGUAAUAUUUGCGGUGAACAAUGCUGUAAUCUUUAUCAAUUUAAUUCGCAUUUAUUAAGUAAAAGUCAUCAGUAACUAAUUGUGCCUUAUUAGUUGUUUAAUUGUUAUUUGUAAUUAUCGGGUCAAUAAUAGGUCAGUAAUGAAUAUUU